AUGUCGGAAAAUCGAGCUCUCCAGCGAGCCCAUGUGCUCGCGAAUCACCUCCUCCAGUCACCUCCUCUACCGUCGAACCUCUCCCUCAGUCGCGAGGUAUGUUUGCAAUACUCUCCGCCGGAGCUCAACGAGAGCUACGGAUUCGAUGUGAAGGAGAUGAGGAGAUUGCUCGACGGACACAACGUGGAGGAUCGGGAUUGGAUUUACGGGCUCAUGAUGCAGAGCAAUCUGUUCAACCGGAAGGAGAGAGGAGGAAAGCUUUUCGUGUCGCCGGAUUACAAUCAGCCGAUGGAGCAACAGCGGGAGAUCACAAUGAAGCGGAUCUGGUACUUGCUCGAGAAAGGAGUCUUCCAAGGAUGGUUGACGGAGGCAGGUCCCGAAGCCGAGCUCAGGAAAUUAGCUCUGCUCGAGGUUUGCGGCAUUUAUGAUCACUCCAUCUCCAUCAAAGUUGGUGUUCACUUCUUCUUGUGGGGAAAUGCUGUGAAGUUCUUUGGAACAAAGCGUCACCACGAAAAGUGGCUGAAGAACACGGAAGACUAUGUUGUCAAGGGCUGUUUCGCAAUGACUGAGCUAGGCCAUGGAAGUAAUGUACGAGGAAUUGAAACAGUGACUACUUAUGACUCAAGAACUGAGGAGUUUGUGAUAAAUACUCCUUGUGAAUCUGCUCAGAAGUAUUGGAUUGGUGGGGCUGCUAACCAUGCAACCCACACGAUUGUGUUUUCACAGCUUAUAAUAGACGAAACCAACCAGGGGGUUCAUGCCUUCAUCGCGCAAAUCAGGGAUCAAGAUGGUAACAUAUGUCCAAACAUCCGCAUUGCUGACUGUGGACACAAGAUUGGUUUAAAUGGUGUUGACAAUGGCCGAAUAUGGUUUGACAAUCUUCGUAUUCCAAGAGAGAACUUGUUGAACUCAGUUGCUGAUGUUUCGUCCGACGGGAAGUAUGUUAGCGCAAUUAAAGAUCCUGAUCAGAGAUUUGGAGCAUUCAUGGCCCCUUUGACCUCUGGCCGAGUCACAAUUGCAUCAAGUGCAAUUUAUUCUGCAAAGGUCGGAUUAGCUAUUGCUCUAAGGUACUCACUGUCGAGAAGAGCAUUCUCUCUUACAGCAAAUGGUCCUGAAGUCCUCCUUCUUGAUUACCCAAGCCAUCAAAGGCGACUGCUACCACUCCUAGCAAAGACAUAUGCUAUGAGCUUUGCUGCAAAUGACUUGAAGAUGAUAUACGUGAAGAGGACACCUGAGACCAACAAAGCCAUCCAUGUUGUUUCAAGUGGAUUCAAAGCUGUUCUCACCUGGCACAAUAUGCGAACGCUUCAGGAAUGUCGUGAAGCUGUUGGAGGGCAAGGUGUGAAAACAGAAAAUCUGGUUGGUCAGUUGAAAGGUGAAUUUGAUGUGCAGACUACGUUUGAGGGUGACAAUAAUGUAUUGAUGCAGCAGGUGAGCAAGGCACUUUUUGCUGAAUAUGUAUCGUGUAAGAAGAGAAACAAACCUUUCAAAGGAUUGGGAUUGGAGCACAUGAACAGUUCUCGUCCUGUAUUGCCAACUCAACUCACAUCUUCUACCCUCAGAUGCAGCCAGUUCCAGACAAAUGUGUUCUGCCUAAGAGAGCGAGAUCUUCUGGAACGAUUUACUUCUGAAGUUGCACAGCUUCAAGGGAGAGGAGAAAGUCGAGAGCUCUCUUUCCUCCUGAGUCAUCAACUUGCUGAAGACUUAGGUAAAGCUUUCACAGAGAAAGCAAUACUGCAAACUAUUCUGGAUGCUGAAGCCAAGCUACCUUCUGGCUCAGUGAAGGAUGUGUUGGGUCUUGUAAGAUCAAUGUACGCAUUGAUCUGCUUGGAAGAAGACCCAUCGUUGCUUAGAUAUGGUUACCUCUCAAGGGACAACGUCGGAGAUGUGAGGAGAGAAGUGUCUAAGCUCUGUGGAGAGCUUAGACCACACGCUCUUGCACUUGUCACUUCAUUUGGGAUUCCAGACUCCUUCUUGGCUCCGAUUGCAUUCAACUGGGUCGAAGCCAACGCUUGGUCAUCCGUUUAA